UACAGGAGAUGACCAGAGACUGCGGACACAGUACAGGAGAUGACCAGAGACUGCGGACACAGUACAGGGGAUGACCAGAGACUGCGGACACAGUACAGGGGAUGACCAGAGACUGCGGACACAGUACAGGGGAUGACCAGAGACUGCGGACACAGUACAGGGGAUGACCAGAGACUGCGGACAUAGUACAGGGGAUGACCAGAGACUGCGGACAGUACAGGAGAUGACCAGAGACUGCGGACAUAGUACAGGGGAUGACCAGAGACUGCGGACAGUACAGGAGAUGACCAGAGACUGCGGACAGUACAGGAGAUGACCAGAGACUGCGGACA